AAAUGGCGGUGCAAGCAUUUGAAAGGCUAAGCGAAAUAUUGAUUAUUUUCUGUAAUUAAGUACCCGAGAAUAAAUGUACAAAACCAAAUAGUUAUUAUAAUAGGUCUUAGUGUUUGUAUUGAAUCGUAUUUGAGUGAUUAAUAAAGAAUUUUUUUUGCAUUUCUUUGGACUCUUCAUAAAGCUUAUAGCUCGUUAAAACAGUUCAAUUUAAACACGUGAAUAUAUAUUGUCAUGUUACAUAAAAUAUUAAUGUACUGCUGUUUACGGAAAUGUCUGUGCACUACAAAUUCAAAAGUGCACUGGAUUAUGACACCGUUACUUUUGAUGGACUGCAUAUUUCAGUAGGAGAUUUAAAAGCUGCAAUUUCACAGCAAAAGCGCAUAGGAAAAACUUCUGACUUUGAUCUUCAGAUAACUAAUGCGCAGACAAAAGAAGUUUAUGUGGAUGACAAUACUUUAAUUCCAAAGAACACAUCACUUCUCGUGGCCAGAGUACCUCUUUCUCAGCAGCCAAAGAAACAGUGGGAAGGGUCAAAUAAUAGUCAGUCAGCACUUCAGAAAGAUGUCUCAGUUAAUAAGGGAUUGGCCGAUUUGUCUCGCAUGGAAGGUAGCGAGCAGGAUAAAAUUAAUGCAAUGAUAACUCAGUCAACAUUUGAUUAUGAUCCCAGCAAUUAUCAAAAAAUUAGAGGACAGAACCAAAGAGGAGCUGUUCCAUCCAAUUAUAUUUGCUAUAAAUGCCAGAAGAAGGGACAUUGGAUCAAAGAUUGUCCAGCUGCCAACUCCGGUGAUCCAAUAGAGAUAAGGAGAAGUACAGGAAUACCUCGUAGUUUUAUGGUACCAGUGGAUGGACCAAAAGCACCAGGAGCCAUGAUGACUCCAAGUGGUACUUUUGCUGUUCCAGCUGUAGAUCAUGAGGCUUACUUGGCUUCUGAAAAUGCAGGAGGGGCAGACACACCUACAAAUGCGCCAGUUGCUCCUGAGCCAACUAUUCCAGAUGAGCUUUUAUGUAGCCUCUGCAGAGAUCUGCUCACAGAUGCUGUCAUGAUUCCCUGCUGUGGAAACUCUUUUUGUGAUGAAUGUAUCCGUGGAGCUCUGUUAGAGUCUGAAGAUCAUGAAUGUCCAGAUUGUCGGGAAAAGGAAAUUGCACCAACGACUUUAAUACCUAACAGGUUUCUAAGGAAUUCGGUGUCUGCAUUUCGCAACCAGACUGGAUACUGUAGGCGAGCGCCACACAGGCCAUCCGCCGCGCCACCAGUCAUAGAACCACCGGCUCCUGUACCCGCCCAACCGGUGAAUGGACCAGUGCAACCAGCUCCCCCAAAUAAUGAUUCGGGCGCGUCGGGCAGUGCGGGCGACGCUCGGGAGCCGCGCGAGGGCCGAGCGCGGGCCGACGACUCGGACGGGUCGGCCGAUGACAACAUCACCGUGACGGUGCCGCCGGCGCACGCGCACCACGCGCCGCACGGGCCGCACGCGCCGCACGCGCCCUACUCGGCGCUCGGCCCCCCCGCGCCGCCCGCCCCGCACGCGCCCCUCGGCCCGCACCGCGACCGACACGCGACCGUACACCGCUCGUCGCGCUACGGGCCACCACCUACUAUGAAGCUACCUGGUAUCGACGGACCUCCUAUAAAUAUGCCGAGAAUCGAUGAGCAACGUGCCAGUACACCGACUAUCGAUGAACGCAGAGAUCCGAUGUCGUCACAAGUGAUGUAUAAUCGCGGUCCGCCUCCUUACAUGCCAGCAGUUCCGCCGCCAUCGCAUUAUAACAAUCCUGCGUACGGGCGCGCAGGCGCGUACGAGCGUUUCCCGCCAGAGCCCUACCAGCCGCCGCCACCCGGUAUCAAGGACUCGCCUAACGGGCAUGAGGACCCGCUGGAGGCAUUCAAUAGAAUGAUACGUGAGAAAGAGAUGCGAGCCAAGAGGCGGGAAGAACGUCGGCGCGCACACUCGGGCUCCCGCAGCCCUUCCCGCUCGCGCACUCCUCGCUCCCCGCGCUCCCCGCGCUCUCCCCGCUCGCCGCGCUCGCCGCGCUCUCAGCGCUCACCGCGCUCUCCGCGCUCGCCGCGCGCUCGUCCUCGCAGUCGUGCUACGAGCAGGCUCCGAUAUUCUAGAUCGAGGUCGAUUUCACGUGGGCGCUUGCGUCGUUCGCCUUGGUCACCUCGACGACGGCGUACUCGAGAUAGAACUCUAUCAUUAACACGGUCCCCGUCGCCGCGGCGCCGCCACCGCUCGCCGCUGCGCUACCGCACGCCGCUGCGCUCGCCGGCGCGCUCCCCGCUGCGCUCGCCGCUGCGGCCGCUGCCGGCGCUCGGGCCGCUGGCGCCGCACGCGCCGCACUCGCCGCCCCGCUCGCCGCGCCGCCCCGACUUGCGCUCGUCGCCGCGCCCUCUGUCGCCGCACAGGUAUGCUGGAGUAUACGAUGAACUUUUGUCGCCACCACGUCGAAGUGUUGAGCCACCGUUCGGAGCCAGGUACCCUCCAAGAAAUAAUGCUCCACCACCCGGAUACCCACCACUCGGUAAACCACUUCCGUUGGGUAACAUCCCUCCAUCGAAUGAACCUCCUCCAGGAUAUAGGGGACGAUAUGAUGGCCCGCCAUUUGAAGACAUACCCCCAGGUGUAGAACCACCAGUUCCAGGGUUUGAACCAUCACCAUUUGAAAAACCUACUUUCGGUCCGUCGGGGCCAAUCGAGCGCGACAGAAUACCACCACCUAAUUAUAGAGAUCCAUACAGAGCUCCAUUUGUUGAAGGUCCACCCGGGUACAGAGAUGUUCCAAGUCUUCCUGCAGUUUCUAAUGAAAUACCUGUUCAUGUACCAGACCACCCGCCGCGAUAUAGAGAUAAUUUUAGACCACCGGGUCACUCCUAUCGCGAUCAAAGCGCUGUUUCCUACAGAGAUGGACAACCAUAUCGAGAUCCUGGACCUCAACCUCCAUAUCGGGAUGGUAAUUUUAGAGGUGGACCUCCUCCUUUAUUCAGAGAUAAUAACUUUAGGAAUAAUUUAUACCGAGAAAGCAACUUUCGAGAAAAUAUGCCUCAUAAUUUCCGCGAUAACGCUGUACCUUAUCGACCACCUAGUGCCGAUCCUAGAGAACCGACUUCAGUUGCUUUUAAUGAUUCCAAUUAUAGAGAAAAUUACAGAGAUGAUAGUAAUUCGAAUAGAGAGAUGCGAUCGGGAUAUCGGUCUAAUCCCCGUAAUCGAGGAAGCUCGAGACGUAACCCUAACACGGAUAAUGAUAGACAUAGGGAAAGGGACGGCCGAGAUAGGGAACGUUUCAAUGAUAAUCGGGAACCAACUGAUCGUACCGAUAGAAUUCGAGAAGUCGAUAAAAGACCGGGGUACGAGAAAAGUAGAGAAAUUCGAGAUGAUCGCAUACGGGAUUAUGAAAGAAAUCGAGAUAACGAUAAAGAACGGGAACGAGGUCACGAGAAAUCUUCUCCGGAAAAGAAAGUACGUCUGUCACCUAAGCGUGGCCGAGAACCUCGUGAUAAUAAACGUGGUGACUCUAGGGGACGAUCACGUGAUCAUGAUAGAAAGGAAAAGAAAGAAGAAAGAACUCGCGAUAAGUCAUCUGCUGAUAGGAAUCGAGAGCACAAAGAUAAGGACAAGAAAAUAAAAGAUAGAAAAAAGAAAAAGAGGGAAAAAGAAAAAGACGUAGAAAAGAAAAAGAAACGUGAUAAAAAAGAAAAAAAAGAAAAGGAUACUUCUAAAAAGGACGAUGAUCAAGAAAAAUCUGAACAAGGAGUCUUAGAAGAGUCUAAGGAAGAAUCUAUUCAGCAGACUGUUGAGAAAAUGGAGGCAACAGAUCAGGAAAAACUUAAAAGUGCUUACGAUGAAAAGAAAUCUGACUGUAACGAAAAAGUGCCAGAUGACCUAUAUGGUGAUGAAGCUGCAGAAGCGGUCGAUAAAAAAAUUAUUGAAAAUUACGUAAAAACGGAAGACGUUGAAGAAUCUGUUAAUUCUAAAAUUAUCGAUAGUAACAAUAAGGAGGAACCAUUCGAUGGCAUAGAACUUCAAGCUGCAACAGAUGAAUUAGAGGUUGACAUUGAAGGAACCAAUAACGGUAAAGAAAUGUUAGCACCUCUACCAGCCUUAUCAAAGUGGGAAGUAGAUGAAGAAAAUGUAGAAAAAUCAAAAGAACCAGGUGAAAUAACAUCUCCUGAGGAAGAGGAAGAUGGAGGAAAAGUGACGUCAGAAGUUUUAAAACGCGCUGAAAAUGCUAUAUUUGCAAAAGCUAUUAAUUCCUUAAGACCAAUUGAAAUUAAAAAAAUAAGUAGCGAUCGUCUUAAAUUAUACGGCGAUGAUGUUCAAUCAAAAGGUUCCUUAAAUAAUAUCCAAAUCACUGUGCCUGUAACAGAUCAGGAGCAAAGAGCCGCAGACACGAAUGAAAAGAAAAAAAGAUUUUCUAAAACGCCGCCUCCUCGACUCUCUGUUAAAGAAAGGCUCGGCGGAAAAGUUGACGAUAUUCGUAGGUCAAGAGAACCGCGACUUGUUCAAAGUACCGUUGAACGUGUAAAAUCUCGAUCAAAAACGCCAAAACGAGAACAGGCACCAUACCGACGAGUUACAGUGGAAAGAGAUAGAGCUCGUAAACAUGAACAUUUAAGUAGAGUCGAUGUACCAAAAUCUGAAAGAAGACAUGUAAUUGAUAACUCUAAAUCAGAUCAAAGCUAUCAAAGCAAUGAGUUCAAAAAAAGGGAUAGCGGAAAAUCUAAGGAUGAAAAGAAGGGUUUCAUUCAUGAAAGAAAUAAUUCUAGAAGUCGAGAAGAACGAGCUGCUUUAGAAGCAAAGAACUUACUCGAAAGAGAGAUAAAAAAAUCUACAUUAGAUGAAGCCCAUUUUGAACCAGAUUAUGAUGAAAAUGUAGAAUCUGAUAAUGAUACAAAAGAAGAGUCUAAAAAACGUGAACGUUCAAGGGAUGAGUCUCCUGUAGGAAUAAGUGAAUCCAAAAAAGCCAAAUUAGAUAAUGAGACUAUUAAACUCGAUCUGACAAAUGUUAAAAAGAAACCAGACUCUGACAGCGAGUCAUCAAGCGAUUCAGAAGAAUCAUCAUCUUCUUCAUCAUCAGAUGCUCGCAAGCGAAAGAAGAAGAAAAAACGAAACAAGAAAAAGAAGAAACGCGCUGCUAGUGACAGCGAAAGCGAAUCUGAUUCAAGUUCUGACGAACACAAAAAGAAAAAGAAGAAGCGCAAGCAUAAGAAGAAGUCAAGUAAGAAGAAGAAGAAAUAUAAACAUAAGUAGUUUGUUUUAAACUUGUCUGCGUUCUUUUAUUUACUUUGGUUUUCAAGUCUCUGUCAAACUAUUACCUAAUUAUUCUUGUUAUUAAAUAAAUAGAUAUCUAAAAUCUAAAGUUCAGGUAAUAACGUUUUAGUGCACUGCAUUAUUAUUCUUAUUAUAGUCAUAUAUUUAACAAAUAAAGAU